AUGGGGAAGCCGGAGCCGCAGCCGCCCGCCGCGGGCGCGGGCGCAGGGGGGCUGCGAUCUGAGCGGGGCGGGAGAAAGUCGCCCUCCGUGGCUGAGAUCAAUGAAAUGCGGAUGAACUACUGCAUGGCAGUCCUCACGGGUCGUGAAGUCCGCGUGAAGUUGGAAAAUGGCGGUCAAGUUCAGGGCCUGUUCCACGCGUAUGAGAAGAAAGAAAGAAAAGACGGCCCAGAGGGCGACUUGGUUCUGUCGUGCGCCAGAGAACUCCCGACGGCGAACCGUUUGAGCGGAGAAGUGAAGCGCCAGCUGCAUCUUCCAGACCGCUCCUUUCUCUCGCUGCACGCCUAUGACGUCCCGCUCGCACCCGCUGCGCCGGCGACCGGUCCGGCGGGCGCCUCGGGCUCCAGUUCUGUCUUCUCGACCCCCGCUGCUUUCGCCUCCGGCGCGGGAGGCUUCCAGACAGACACGCAGAUCAGCUCGCACGGGGGAGGAAAGCGAUUCAUGGAAAGAGGACUCGGUCACGGCCCCUCUGGCGGUGGUCGCGGCGGCGCAGGCUAUCCCCGAGAGCUGCAGAAGUGGGUUGCUGAUGGAGCGGGAUCUUCACGAGGCGACGACGCCCUCGGCGCUCUGGAGCCUUCGGGCGGCUUGGGAGGGCGGCGACUGAGCGGCUCCGCGGGCACGGAGUGGGAUCAGUUCGCUGUGAAUGAGCAGCGCUUCGGAGUCCGCAGUUCCUACAAGGAGGAGCUCUACACGACGAAGCUCGAUCUGGACGCCAUUCCCCUCCAAGUCCAGCAACAAGCCGACAGACUGGCGACUGAAAUGGAGAAGCAGCAACAGGGGGCCCGCGACGCCGCCGUCGACGACGUCAGAGGAGGUGAAGACGAAGAGGCCCUGUUCAGCGCGGUCACAGGCACGGGCGGCUACGCGCAGCACCGGCGCUCGCCGGGAGGCUCUGGAGGCGGGGUCUUGCGAGCGUCGCCGCCGCCGCCCGACAGCGCGGGUGGCGGGGGCGGGCGCGGCUCCACACGCAGUUCUGUGGCUUCCAACAGUCCCCACGCUGCUGGCGGACCCUCGGGGCUGGGAAACAAGUCGGGUGCGGCGAGCGGGUCUGGCGCGGGGGCGGCGCCAGCUGGCGAGCGCGGCGGAGACCGACGCGCGUCUUCUUUCGCGUCGUUGCCGGCGCAAAACUCCACGGGCCAGCGAGGAGACACCAGUCGGGCCUCGGGGAGCGCGGGUUCACCGGGCGGCAAAGGCGCGUCGGGCGGAGGCAUCAGCGGCCACGUCGCCAAAGUCGCGGGCGGCGCCUUGAGGGAGUUGAGAGAAAACCUCGAGAUCGCCGCCAAGGAAAACCAGAGGAAGGAACUCGCCAGAGGCCACGCGCCUGCUGCCGGGGGGCUUCCGGGGCCCAGAGGAGCCGGGGUCACCUCGACUCCUCCUGCACAUAAAGAGCUCCACGAGACCCACAAGAAGAUGCGCAGCAUCCUGGCGUCAGGCUCACCCGGCCGGGCUCCCGCGCUGCAUGAACUCGGAGGCAUCAAUGCGUUGAACUUGGAGCCGGCGCUGCCGAAGCUGGACGACCAGACGCAGGAGGAAUGGCUCAACUUCAAAAACAAGAAGACGCAGCAAGCGCAGCCAGGAGGCGGGGAAACAAAGCGCCGAGAUCGAGCGCAAGAUAAGAACGAAUUUUUAAAUGCGUCGAAAGUUUUCACGCAGCUGCUAGAGAAAAACAAGUCGCCGGGCUCUGCGAGGGGAAGUGGAAACAGCACAAGCGGCGGGCCCUCCCACGAUACCUCGCCCGCGGGGGCAGCCUCGUCCGCUCAAAAUUCGUCGCAGUCUUCAUCGACUUUCGGCACUAAGAAGGGAUUCCAGUUCAACCCUCACGCGAACGCCUUCACCCCGUCAACGCCCUCCCACACAAACCCGGCGGCCCUCCGGGGCCCGCAUGGUGCGGCGGGGGCGGCUGCGUUGCAUGCGAACGCGUAUGGCGCCCAUCGGCCCCACCCUGGAGUCCCAGGAGCGCCGGGGAUGAUGACUGGGUUGCCUCCGCAGCUCGGUCCAGGGGGCAUGGUGGGAGUGCCUGGAGCCGCUGGCGGGCCGCCCGCUGGGCGAGUUAUGGGCCCGUCGCCUGCGUCCGCGAUCCCAGUUGUGGGAUUGCCAGGAGCAGGGGGUGUCCGCGCCGGAGACCCCCCCCACAUGCACACGUCUCUUCCGCAUGCGAACGCCGCUGGGGCGCGUCACCAUCCUCACCAUGCUGCCACCGUGGAUGGGACUGGUACCUCUGCGGUGCACGGCAAGGGUCACCUUGGCGCGGGGAGCGCAGGAGGCCCGAAUGGGCUCGGUGGCCCACAGAUUGCAGGGGCAGGCGUCCCCGGGGUACCGGGGGCCACCGGUGGGGCUGUUGCCCCACACGGCGGCAACACUGGAGGAGCCAACGCUGGCGCCACCGGAGCUGGCGCUCGCGGUCAUCCUCAGGGGGCGACUGGCGGGAACCCGAAUCACGGGGCUCCUCAACACCUGAACCCGGCUGGCGGCAUGGCACUCACCCAGACGCCUCCAGGAGGUUGUGCGCCGCCUCCUGCGCAUCCGUUCGCCGGUCAGCCAGGAGGCCCACCCCCACACGCUGCAGGUUGUUGGCCCGGCGGCAUGGGUGCGGGAGCAUCUAACGAGGGCCUGGUCGCCGGCGUGGUCGUCGCAGGAGGGACAGGCACCGCAGGAGGACUCCCUCCUCCCCAGCAUCCGCAGGCCCCCGGCGGAGUGGCCGGGCCUCACCCCAACCACGCAGCCGGCGGCACGCCUGGAGGCGCCGCAGCGACGGGUCUCAUGGGCCCGGCAGGGGGUGCUGGAGACCCGCAGAACCCAGGUGCCGCGGGGAUGGCAGCAGGUGCUCUGCAAGGAGGCGGCAUGAUGGCCACUGCGGGCCCCGGAGGGGCGUCCGUGAUCCCUGACGGACUUGCGGCCGGAGCGAUGCCAUUUGGAAUGGGUGGAUUCGCAAUCAAUAGCCACAUGGCGCAAAUGAACAUGAUGGGCGGAAAUUUGAUCGGCCAGCCUCCGCCUCCGCCGAGCCAACAGGGCCACCAGAGGCAACACCCUCAUCACCAGCAAGGCCUCAUCGGGAGCGCCAACAUGCGAAUGGGCCCCGGGGGAACGGUCGCUCCGCAUCCCCACGGCGGAGGGCAUCCUAACGGCAACGGGGCGCCGCACUUCGCGCCCUUCCAGCGUCUCUCUGCCUCUAAGGGUGGUAAGGGAGGCCGAGGGUCGUCGGGCAUGCAACGCAACCGCGAUGUUGGGGAGUUCGUGAACUCCCUCAUAAACAAGGCGCGCCAUGAGAAGCUGUCUCAAGUCUCGUCGGAAUGGAUUGGCCUCGGCACUGAUUCAUAUAGAAUGAUUCUUGGACAGAUUCCUCCGACGUCCUUCCCCCCAGCCGCGGCUCUGCCUGCCGCAGCUCUCAGUGCGCCCAUUGCGCCUUUCCCGAUUCUUCACCCGCAGCUUUCGGCGCCGUUGCCAGCUAGCCCGCUGUUCAGCCUCCACCCGCGGCUGCUGUUUCCGGCUGGUCCCCAAGCCUUUUUGCCGGCGGCCGGCGCGCCGCCGCACCCGGGAGCGAUGUCCUACCCUCUGAUGUAUCCGCCUCUCCCUCUCGCUCAGCAUCUGUCCCCGCUUGUCUCUAAUCCGGCUGCCGCCGCCGCUGUCGCGGCAGCCGCGGCGGCUGCAGCUGCGCACCAGCAGGGUCAUGCGUCUCACCCAGGGGGCGGCGCUGGGGCGCAGGCGCCCUUGGCCCCGGGAGCGCCUGGGCAAGCUGCAGGGGCGUUGCCGAACGCCCCGAACCAAACUGGCGGCGUGGUGGGGGCUGCGGGGGCGCUUGGCCCGCCGGCGUUGCCUGCGGGCAACGGGGCCGCCGCGGGAGCCCCGGGCGCAGGGUUUCAGCAGUCCCAGCUACUUGUGCAGCAGCAGGUCCCUUCGGGAGGGGGAGUGCAGCCUCACCAGAGAGGCGUGGGCGCCGUCGCAGGAGUCCCGUGCACGCUCCAGGCGCCCCAGGGGCAGCCGCAGUCCGGGCAACAGCCCCAGCAGACGAUAGUGGGCCUCGCCGCUGGUGCCGCCAUGGGCCAGCCGCUGGCCGCGCAGACAGGGCCCGCUAACUUCGCGGCCAUGGCCGCCGCGCUGGGCCACCCGCACUUCCCAGGAGCUGCAGCCGGCGGCGGCGUCAUGGGCGCCGCGCAUGCUGUUCCGUACGUUCCGCAGCCGCUUGCGGGUCUCGCGGCUGCCGGUCGUCCUCUAGCGUACGCGCCGAUGAUGGCUGCCGGCGCGCAGCAGCCGGGACUUCUUCAUGGAUUCGGGGCGCCGCAGCAGGCAAUUAUGCCCGUUCCGCCGCUGCUGGCGACCCCGGCGGCGACAGCGGGCGUUGCUCACCCCUCGCAGGGCACGCGGGGGGCCUCCGGAGCGCAAACAGGCCCUGCAGAGGCAUCGGCUGCUCCACAGACUCCAGGUGGGUCGAGUGGAGGCGGCGAUACCGCCCCCGCUGCAGGCGUGGGGACCCAGGGGGCUGCAUCCGGGGGGUCUCAGGGCGCCGGGGGGGACGCAGGACCCGGGGGCGCGGGAAGUAGUGGAGAGAACGGCAGCACAGCCACCGGAGCAAGCGGAGGAGGAGGACCAGGCAGCGAAACUGGUGGGGGUUCGGGGAACAGCAGUGGGGGAGGAAAUGCAGCGGAUUGA